AUGGCGGCGGGAGAAGAUCGUGUACUUGACUGUCUGCCUACGGUUUUAAAUGAAAAGCUGCUGCCAUUCCAGCGUGACGGUGUUAAAUACGCCAUCCACAAGAAAGGGAGAUGUUUGAUUGGGGAUGAGAUGGGUUUAGGUAAGACUAUUCAAGCCAUUGCUGUUGCUUACUAUUACAAGUCUGAAUGGCCUCUCUUAAUUGUUGUACCAUCCUCAUUGAAGUAUCCGUGGACAGAAGAAUUGGAGAAGUGGUUACCAGAGUUACAACCAAAUGAUAUCAAUAUGAUUGCUUCAAGCACAGAUACUGGUGGUAUUUCAACAUCAAAAAUCUCAAUUUUAGGUUAUGGGCUACUCCGAAAUGACUUCCAGACAUUGCAGCAUGCUAUAUCAAGUCAGAACUUUCAAGUUGUCAUUGUCGAUGAGUCACAUUAUAUUAAAAAUAUGAAAACAGCAAGGACAAAGAUUCUCUUACCCAUUGUACAGAAUUCCAAAAGAGCUUUGUUGUUGACAGGAACGCCAGCCUUGUCUAGGCCUGCAGAGUUGUAUCCACAAAUUCAAGCUUUGAAAGCCAAUUUAUUAGGUAACUGGACUGCAUAUGCUAAAAGAUAUUGUGACGCAAAAUGGAAGUACUAUGGAAGACAGAAAUCAUGGGACACCUCGGGGGCUAAUCAUUUACCUGAAUUGCAUAAAAUGCUUAAAAAACACAUCAUGAUACGAAGAGAGAAGAAGCAGGUACUUACACAACUACCACCAAAGCGGAAACAGAGAAUUCCAUUUGUCUUGAAUGAUACUCCGCAGAAAAAGGAAGUUGAUCGCUUAAUGGAAAACUUGAAAAAUGUAUUAAAUGGUGAAACCGUUUUUGAAGAAGGGGUUAAUCCGAAAAUAGUCAUCAAUGGGUUAAUCUCCUCACUAUAUAUCAAAACAGCUGAGGCUAAGGCCGGAGCUGUACGAGAUUACGUCAAGACAUUGUUGGAUAACCGAGAUCAGAAAUUCUUGGUAUUUGCACAUCAUCAUUUCAUGAUGCAAGCUUUGACUGAUGCAAUUCUGGAGUACAAUAAAGAACAUCAUAGUAAUAUUAAAUUUAUAAGAAUUGAUGGCACAGUUCCAGUGGCUGAAAGGGCUAGAUUGGUGAAAUCAUUUCAAAAUGAAGAUGAUGUAAAAGUGGCAAUUCUCAGUAUUCUAGCAGCUGGAACUGGGCUGACAUUAACAGCUGCAACUCAAGUUGUGUUUGCUGAGUUGCAUUGGACACCAGGUGUAAUGGAUCAGUGUGAAGACAGAGCUCAUCGUAUUGGACAGCUAAAUUCCAUCCAAGUCCACUACCUGGUUGCCAUGUCAACCAUUGAUGACUUCAUGUGGGCUGCUAUCUCCAGAAAGGUUAGUGUUGUGAGCCAUGCACUGAGUGGAACAUUACAACAACUCAAAGUAGAUGAAUGCGAUAAAAGUGAUGUGGACUUUCUUUCUCAUGCUGCUGCUUGGUUGCCUAGGAAACAACAAGAAGAUGAUGAAGAAGAAGAUGAUGAUGAUGAUGAUGAUGAUCUGUAUUUCAGUAGCCAGAGUCAAGAUUCCAGACAAAAGAGCAUCUUGUCAUUUUUUACCCCAAAACACAAAGUCUCUCCAAGAAAAAGAAAGAUGAAAUCGUCACCAAGAAGUAAUAUCAAGGAAUCAUCAUUAUUGCAUGGCAACCAAUCAGUGGUCACCGUUAUUAGUGAUGAUGAAGAACACUUCCAGAAUCAGCCAAUCAGAAAGAAGCUUAAAACCAGUCAUAAACCAAUAACAGAUUGUGUUACUCCUACCCAGAAAAACAUGAAAAGAGACAAACUGAUGACAGAUGAUGAUGUUGAGAGUGAUUCAGGAAUGUGUUGCAUUCUGGGAGAUAAUUUUUCAACCCCAGACCAGAAGACAUCAAAUGUUAGAAUGAAGGCAGAUAAAAAACAAAAAUUGUGGAAUUGUGGAGCAUGUACUUUUGAAAACCAUGACGAUCUUCCGUUUUGUGAGAUAUGUGACACACCUCGCAAAAAUCAGAGACAGAAAGAAAUUGAGUCCAUCGUAGAAAGUGAAAAUGAAGAUGCAAUUACCAUGGCAGAAAUUAGUGAUGUCACUACAGAAACUGAUGACACAUUCACAAAAAUUGAUGAUGCCACUGACAGUGAUGACACCAUAAUAGUUGACUACACAGAAGUAGAUACUUCUGUAAGUAAGAAGUCGGCACAUGCUGUGAUAGACAAGAACCCAACUGAUGGUUUGGAAACCAUGGCAACACCAAAGAUGAAACCAGUGAUUAAAACCGAUGAAGAGCAAUAUAAUGAUACAAACACGCCACAUAAGUCAGUGGUUGAUGAUAAGUGGUGUCAUAUUUCGGUUCAUGAGAGGUUUCAUUACAGUGCUAGUAAAUAUACAGAUAGAAUAUAUUUGUAUGAUGAGUCUGGCUGUCCACUAAAUGCAAGUUUUUACCCGAUGGAUGUACAAAAUAAAGAUGUAGACAAUUUACCGGAUAUACUGCAUCAUCCACACAAUCUCCGCCUUGUCAAAAGAUUUGUAAGACAGUGGAACAGUAUUAAUGAUAUAAGAAAACGUCAAGUCAGGAAAAGUGGCGAAGUGUUCUAUAAUGUACAUGAAAUGCUGAAUGGUAUACUUGAGAAACAGUCAUCGCAUGGAAAGUGUAAUAAACGAUACCUUACUAAGGAAGAUUUUGCACAGAAGGCAAAGAAGACAGCAGAGAACAUCGGUGGAUCUGUGAGGGUUGUGGCAAAACACAAGAUUACGCCAAAGAGAAUGCAGACUGAACGAGGACAUAAAACAUCACCUAAAAAGAAUAGUAGGAGAAAAAGUAAACAGGCUAAAGAGAUUGAAGAACUAAUGAUGCUAGCUGCUGACCAUGAUGAUUGCUGGUCUGAUGAAGAGGAUACCUCUGCAACUCAAAGCGAUACUGCACAAUUCCAUUCCAUAUCUCCCAAAACGAGUGCUGAUAUCAAACACUACCCUGGAAAUAGAAGUAAGUCAAAUACACAAGCCACUAGGACAGUUAAUUCCGUUAUCUCAAAAACUUUGGCAAACAAUGCAAAUAAGAGCUUACCCAGUGAUGAUGAAUUUGACCCAUUCAACACAGUGAUAAAACAGAAUAGUUUCCAUGUCUGUCCUGAUAAAGAUCCAAGUACAUCUAUGUCGAGCAUAUCUGUCAAACCAUGCAGCGAUGGGAGGAAUAAAAACGGAGAUGAUUCAAAGGACGUUAUCGAUGAUGAUGAUAUAACGGCAACAUGUACCAGAUUACAGGUUGUUGACUCAGAAGGGCGCCCUCUAUGUUUGUAUUGUAACCAGCCCUGCAGAACUGACCAAUCACUGCCCAGCACAUCAAAUAGAAAUCAUGAUUGGGACACAAGAUAUUGUUCUGAAAAAUGCAAGGAUGAUCAUUAUCUUAGAGCCCGUGGUGGAUAUGUGCGUGAGCAAUUAUUUAGUAUUGAACAUGGUAUAUGUCAAAUAUGUCGUAGGAAUAUACAUGAACUGUACCUACAAGUCAAAGCUUUACCAAAAGGUGAAAGAAAGGAUUUCCUGACAGGAACUCAUUUUUCCAAGUUACCAGUCAAGAUAUUGAAUGGUAUUAUAGAUAAACCGUCUGAAGGAAAGUUUUGGCAGGCUGAUCACAUAGUUGCUGUUUCUAAUGGUGGUGGCCUCUGUUCACUGGAUAAUUUCCGCACAUUAUGCACAGUUUGUCAUCGAUCUGUUACAAAUAUUCAGUCAAGACAAAGAAAACAAGAUAAGAAAAUUGCAGCCAGGAGAAGUGCUGGAUUUGCAGAUAUCACUGCGUUCUUUAAAUCUUAA